AUGGCACGCGGUUAUGUUUCUAGCUCUUCUAGGUCGAGAUGCUUCGACAGUUACUGGCGCUACCGACCCGAGGCUAUAGCCGAUUAUGCUCACGCUGUCGUCUUUCUUGCCGUCUUCCUAGGCAUCCUCGUUACACUAUGCGUUGUCCGUAAGAGAGCUGGAGCUGGAAAGCGUUUGAUCGGUCUCGCCUACAUUGGCGCUCUGUCUCUCGUGGCCAUCCAAUACGCCUUCCAAUUCAUCAUGAGAACCCUCAGCGCUUGCGAGGUACUCAACGACAACAGAUCCGCCUUCAACACCAGCAUUGCAGGUCUGGUCUUGUCCUGGAUCUCGACCAUGCUGCUCUUAUACGUCGUCUUCUACCUUUUGAACAUGAUGCUCCGCAAACAACUCGGCCAGAACCUGUCCGUCCUCAGAGUCGUCUUUGGGAUCGACUUGUUCAUCCUUGGUGUUCUGCUUUUCACCUAUACCGUCAUGCUCUGCCAGUACUACUACGAGUUGGGUCGGAACGACUACUUCAAUCCUGGCGUCAAUAUUGCCGCAGCCAUAUACAUCAGCCUGGCGUUCGACGCGCUCCAUGUACUCAGCAUCAUCGGUUCCGGAGCCCUGUCCGUGCUCGCAGUGAAGUCUCUCAGGCAGAGGAGCAUGGCUCAAAGUUCUCUUCUGGCCUGGGUCGCUCUCUUGCAUUUCUCGCUCCUCGUCAGCGCCGUGUGGUCCCUCACCGCGACUGCCAUCCAAGUGGGCGGCGGCCUUUACUACGGAGAGAUCGCCUACACGGUCAUGUCCUGGAUCUCCUCCACCUUCUAUGCUCUGGCGUUCGUCAUCAUUAUUGUCAUUGCGAGGAACCCUGUCUGGGGGUCGACUGCAGACACUGUCCAGCAGCAGUACGCGUACCACCAGGAGGACCCUGUGUUUGACGGUGCGCAGCGCGCAUGA